UCCUAUUCCCCGUGCCUGGAAAAAGUCCCGCCUUCAACGGAAUCUAAGAAUAAUUUUCCCGUGGGAAGGUCCUCUCCUACCCGGCAAGCGUCACAAAGUCCAUUAAGAAACAAUGAUAAUGCAAGGAGUGGAUCGCCAAAGCCAAAAAAAUUGUCAAAGAAAUCAAGUCCAUUAUAUACUUUGAAUAAUUGCCCAAAAACAAUGGUUGGUGAUAUGAAAGAUGAGUUUGGUAUGCAUUAUGGUUUAAGGCAAAGAAGAUCCAGUUUACCAACUGAUCUGGACAUGGUAAAUAAUGACGAAUGGGUAUACAAGAUACAAAAUUUGGAAAUUGAAAAUGUGAUGUUGAGAAAUGAACUCAAUGUACUCAAUCAAGAAGUUACAGAAUUGCUCAGCAGAUUGCGCAAAACUGAGGAUGGUAAUGAUGUAGACCAUGUAGUUAGUAGAGAAACAGAAUUGAACAACGCACAAAAUAAAUUAGAAACUUCAAGCAUCCAGAAUGGCAGUAUUAAUGCGGAGAAUGAAACUUUAAAUUCUCAGUUGCAACAAUUAAAGCAAAAAAUAUAUGAUCUCACAAAUGUUGAGAUGAGCAAGUAUAAAGAGCAGAAUCAAAGCUUAGAAACUGAAAUUUGUUUGUUGAAAGACAAGAAUAAAGAGUUAGAAGAAAAAUUAGAAGAAGCAAUCACCAAGGCAAAGGACAAUGAAGCAGCAAAAUUAAAGCUAGAAACAGAAUUACGCCACGGCCAGUCGACUAUAAAUGAACUCCAGAAUAAUCUAGAAAAAAGCAAAACUGAAUGUGUGCGGUUGGAAAAAGAAUGGGAAACUUAUAAAUUGAGAGUAAAGAGUAUGUUGCACACUAAAGAUAAUGAAAUAAAGGCACUGCAGGAUGGAUUGAACCUUAAUGAGGACACAAAUGUAUUGAUGGAGCAACUGGAGGCUUUAAAAGAAGAGCGCGACAUGUUAUCCGAAGCGACGUCGCGCGUGCGCACCGAAUGUGACGAGAUGAAAUCCUACGUGUCGCAGUUGGAGGCGCGCCACAGCUCCGCCGAGCGCGUGGUGGCGGCGCUGAGGACGCGCUGCAGGACAGCGCGGCGCUCGCAACCGCGUCGAGGCGCAGUGCUCGGCCUUGAAUAA